AUGGCUCCAGCUAAAGUUGAUGUCACCAAGAAAGCUGACCCAAAGGCCAAGGCCUUGAAAGCUGCGAAGUUAGUGAAAUCAGGCCAAGGCUUUAAGAAGAAGGCUAAGAAGAUCAGGACUAAGGUGACAUUCCACAGGCCAAAGACAUUGACUAAGGCUAGGGAUCCAAAGUACCCACGUAUCAGUGCACCUCCGAGGAACAAGUUGGAUCACUACCAAAUCCUCAAGUAUCCUCUCACCACUGAAUCUGCCAUGAAGAAGAUCGAAGACAACAACACCUUGGUCUUCAUUGUCGACAUUCGUGCUGACAAGAAGAAGAUCAAAGAUGCAGUGAAGAAAAUGUACGACAUUCAGACCAAGAAGGUCAACACACUCAUAAGGCCCGAUGGAACGAAGAAGGCGUACGUGAGGUUGACUCCUGAUUACGACGCUUUGGAUGUCGCUAACAAGAUCGGGAUCAUAUGA